ACUGUUGCUUUAACCGAGCCUAAGCGCGCGCAGCAUCAUCGCCUUUAAUCCUCCCUUUGGAAUAAUUUGUGGGGCCAUGGAUGCGCGAGACGUCCCCCUCCUCAAAUAUACAUACACACACACCCGCACACACACUCUUCACGCACUUUAUAAGGCGAGCCAGGCGCAGACAGAUUCAGUCUAGUGCUGAGAGACAGAAACAUACACACACUCUAACACACACUGAUACACACACACUUUCAAAGCUGGACCACGUGAACCUGAAGCGUUUUGCGCUCGUGCAUCAAGCCAUGACUUCCAAGAAGAUGAUGAAGGAUGGAAAGAGGACCCCCGUGUCUCACAAAGUGAUCGAGAAGCGCAGGAGAGACCGCAUCAACCGCUGCCUGCACGAGCUCGGCAAGACCGUGCCCAUGGCGCUUGCCAAACAGAACUGUGGGAAGCUGGAGAAGGCGGAGAUCCUGGAGAUGACGGUGCAGUAUCUGCGCGCGCUGCACGCGGCGGACUUUCCUCGCGGAGGGAGAGAGAAAGGUGAGCUGCUCGCGGAGUUCGCCAGCUAUUUCCACUACGGCUACCGUGAGUGCAUGAAGAACUUGGUGCACUACCUCACCACCGUGGAACGCGCCGAGACGAAGGAUGCCAAAUACGCCCGCGUUCUCGCGUUCCUGCAGUCGCGCGUGCUCUCCGAGCCCGUCUUCGGCGCCCUGGCGAGCGUAUCCUCUCCAGAACGCGCUCCCCACCACCACCAUCCAUGCCCAGAGUACCAAAGCGAAUACCAAACCUCGCCGGGACACUUCGCGUGGCACGGACACCCGCAUGCCCUUGCCUACACGCCGGUGCCCCUGUCCACGAGCGCGCAACACGAGCAGCAACACCAACAGCAACACCACCCCCACCCUCACCAUCACCAACAGCACCAACAGCAACACCAUCAGCAGCAACAGCAACACCAACAGCAGCAGCACGCGGGCUUCUUCGCACCCACACAGGGACUCGAACAUCACUACCUCAACCUCAUCGGGCACGCAAGUGCUCUUGGGCUCCAUGCCACGCCCCAUGCUGCUCUGUAGAACUGUGUUGUUUGUUUGUUUGUUUGAUUGAUUAAUUUAUACAUGUAUGUGUCUGUGUAUUCAUUACGCCUGUAAAUGAUCUAAUCUAGAUUCUUAAAAGAAAUAAACUUUUCUUUUAUAAAA